AUGUACUGUUGUUUUUUUUCAGAACCUGUAUCUCCAGCCUUUGCACCAACAACAUUAAAGUUUCCUAAACACAUCCAUUGUGAUGUUGAUGAUAAACUAAAUAAACUAGCAGAGAAGAUUUUUACACGUAGUCAAAUUGGUCCUAAUCAUACACAUAAUGAAAUCUCAGCUCCCUAUGAGGUCCUUCAAUAUCCUAUAGAAGAAGAGGCUGACAGAUCUUAUUUUGAGAAGAAAUAUCAUACACAGGGAGAUAACAGUCUCAAGUCUAGUAUAGGACAUAUUGAUGCUGCUUAUGACAGUGUUGAAGAUGAAGAGGCAGAAUUUCUCACUGCCUUUCAAAGAAUUGCCAUUAAUGGUAAUGAAAUUAGUGGAGUACCACUUAAUGAUCUUGAAGAAGCUUCCAAGAGUUUGGUGAAAGCCUUGAUGAUAAGAGAGAAGUAUAUGGCUGUUUCAAACCAAUAUUUCCCUAAAGUAACAGCUCGAUUCUUACAAAGUCUAGAAGAGAAGGCUGAAUUUAAUAAAGUCAAUUAUAUUGGAGAGAAAAAGAGUAUCUUAGAUCAUCCAAUUCAUGCUCCACCUACAGCUGGGGAUCCUUUUAAUGUUCCACUACAGGAGAGCGUUCACUGCUCUCUAAAAAUGAAACAAGGAAUAGUAUAUGUUUAUAAAGAUGAAGAAAACUUGAUGGAAAAUAAACCAAUUGACUUCCCCUAUGUUGAUUUGAAAUCUUUCCUAGCAGACCAAAAUCUCAUGUAUGCCUUUAUUAGUGAUGGGCCUUUGAAAUCUUUCUGUUACCGACGUCUUUCUUUUCUUUCUGCCAAAUUUCAACUUCAUUUGUUACUUAAUGAGUUGAAGGAAUCCGCUCUACAAAAAACAGUACCUCAUAGAGAUUUCUAUAAUAUCAGGAAGGUAGACACUCAUGUCCAUGCCUCAUCCUGUAUGAAUCAGAAACAUUUAUUAAGAUUUAUCAAAAAGAAGAUGAAGAUGGAACCCAAUGUUAAAGUUUGUAAAACUAAAGACGGUAAAGAAAUGACAUUACAAGAGGUGUUCCAAUCAUUUAAUAUGUCAACAUAUGAACUGAGUGUGGAUGUUUUAGAUGUUCAUGCAGAUCGUAAUACGUUUCACAGAUUUGAUAAGUUCAAUGCUAAAUAUAAUCCAAUUGGUGAGAGCAGGUUACGUGAAAUAUUUAUUAAAACUGAUAAUUUCAUUGAAGGCAGAUAUUUUGCUCAUAUACUCAAGGAAGUAAUGAGUGAUUUAGAAGAAAGUAAAUAUCAGAAUGCUGAGUAUCGUUUGUCCAUAUAUGGUCGUAGUCGAGAUGAAUGGGAUAAACUAGCCAAUUGGGCAGCCAAUCAUAAGGUUUACAGUGAUAAUGUUAGAUGGUUAAUACAAAUACCUCGUCUAUAUGAUGUCUAUAAGAGUAAUAAAUUAGUGACAUGUUUUCAAGAUUUAUUAGAGAAUCUAUUUUUACCAUUAUUUGAAGUUACCAAUGAUCCUAGCUCUCACCCAGAACUACAUUCAUUCUUACAACAUAUUAGUGGGUUUGAUUCAGUAGAUGACGAGUCUAAGUCUGAACAUAUACAAUUUGAUGCUGCAUCACCUCAACCUGAAGACUGGACUAAUGACACUAACCCACCUUACACUUACUAUUUAUAUUAUAUGUACGCAAACAUUACUGUACUUAAUCAUUUUCGAAGGGAGAGAGGAUUUUCAACAUUUACUCUACGACCUCACUGUGGUGAAGCUGGUAAUGUCACACAUUUAGUAGCUGGUUUUAUGUUAGCAGAGAGUAUCUCACAUGGUCUAGUUUUACGCAAGGUUCCAGUGUUACAGUACCUAUAUUAUUUAGCUAAAGUUGGUAUUGCUAUGUCUCCACUGAGUAACAAUUCUUUAUUUUUGAAUUAUCAACGUAAUCCUUUACCUGAAUAUUUUGCUCGAGGAUUAAAUGUCUCUCUGUCUACAGAUGAUCCAAUGCAGUUCCAUUUCACAAAGGAACCUUUAAUGGAAGAGUACAGUAUAGCAGUACAGGUAUGGAAGUUUAGUAGCUGUGAUAUGUGUGAGAUAGCUAUGAAUAGUGUUCUACAAAGUGGCUUUGAUCAUGCUGUGAAGCAGCAUUGGUUAGGACCAAACUACACAAAAGAAGGCGUGGCAGGAAAUGAUACUACACGAACCAAUAUACCAGAUGUCCGAGCAGCUUAUCGCUAUGAAACUUUGGUAGAGGAACUCCAGAGUAUCUGCCUAGGAGCCAAAUCAUUUGAUUAUGAACACACAAAGAAAGAAUCUUAA